AUGACAAACAUCGAAGUUUUCCUUCUUCUGAGUACAUUUCCAUGUAUAUUGGGGAACUUACUGGCAACGUGUAAAGAGAAAUGUUUGUACGGUUACGAAAGAGACGUCGAAGGAAAUGAGUUCUGCAAGUGCCUAGAUCCUUGCCAAUAUAUCUAUUGCAACAAUAACACAGAAUGUGUUGUCCAAAAGAUAAAUGGCCGACAUCAAGGAGUUUGUGACAGGAUAUCCAAAUUAAUUCAUGGUCCAACUAAGACGAUGACGGACACUGAGAAGAAAGCGAAAGGCAAGAAAGUAUGCUAUCAGAUGUUACCCUUGGAGGCCAUCAAGUGUACAGAUAAUCGGACCAAACGAUGGUACUUCGAUUCGAACCUGAAACAAUGUAAACAUUUCCGAGGCUGCCAAACACCGGGUAACAACUUCUCUCGGAAACGCCACUGUAAAAAACAAUGUCUGGGAAGAAAGAGACGAAGAUACAGCAAACGCCGAAACUCUAGGCGUCGGUGGCUGCGAAGGAAGAGAUUGAACAAAAGGCCGUUGGCAAAAUGGUUCAUCCCGAGACAACACACGAUUUCAGAGAGUCAUUCUUACUUCCUUGACUUCUCACUUCCUCACGCUUUUAUAGCGCCAGGUCCACUCUUUCUUUCUUCGUUGUUCUCUCUAUCACAGUUUGUUGAUUUUUUCUAUUUGUGA